AGCAACGUCAUAACAACUGACAUUUGUGACAUUGAUAGUUCAACCAGUGUUGCCAACCACAAAAUAAAAAAUAACUAUACGUUUCAACAUACGCAAAUACAACUUUAUAAAUAUAUAAUGGAAGGUCAAUUUCAAAUAUUAUUUGACAAAAUGAAAAUUGAAAUUCAAAGCCAAACUACUGAAUUGAAGCAAUCUAUCACAAAAAGCAUUAUGGAUAAAAUUGAUGAUAAGCUAAUCCCUUUAGUGGAAGAAAACAAGAACCUGAAAAUAAGAGUAGAAAAACUAGAAAAAGAAAUUGAAGUCAUGAAAAGAGUGGAGAAGAAAAAUAAUAUCAUAAAAGAAAAUAAUAUCGUAGUAUUUGGCCUGGAAGAAAAAGAAACAUCAACUCUUGAAUUACUCCAAGAAUUUAAGAAACAUCUGAACCAAGACCUUAAUAUUAAAAUAGAAAACUAUGAAAUCAACAAAAUUCACCGCUUAGGUGCUAAAAAUAGAGAAAUUAACAAACCGAGACCGGUAUUAUGUUCGUUUGUAAACAAUUGGAGAAAAUACGAAAUUAUUAAAAACAAGAAGAACUUGAUUAAAAUUAAUAUCAGUGAAGAUUACUCAAAGGAAGUGUUGGAAAAGCGAAAAGGGUUACAAGCCAAACUAGCUGAAGAAAGGAAAAAAGGCAAUAUAGCGUAUUUGAAAUACGACAAACUCGUCGUUAUAGAGGGUAAAAUGAACCAAGAUAAACGAAAAAGGGAAGCAUCUACCUCACCUACUGCUUAUCACCCCUUGUCACCCAGUAACCAACCAAAAAAACAUCAGAUUAUAGCUUCGAUCAAGGCAAACAGAACAAAUGUUUUUGAUAUGAUGCGGGGUAGGUCCAACUCUCUAUCAAAUAUAUCUACCACAGAAAAACAAUAACAAUUAAGAAUCGGCAAACGGAAUC